UUCCCUGGAGAAGGAAAUAGCAACCCACUCCAGUAUUCUUCCCUGGAAAAUUCCAUAGGCAGAGGACCCUAGUGAGUUAUAUUCCAUGCUGGCAUAAAGAGUCGGAUUCUUCGGUCUUGGUGGGUGGGUGUGCGGGCCAUCCCCUCACCAUUCCUAUUGUGGGGCCCACACCAGCAGCUCGCAGACUCCUGUUCCCUGUGCAGCCGACGUCUCUGCUGUCCCCACCCCCACCCUGCAGUCCCGCGGCCAACAGCGUCUCCUCAGCGCGACACUCAGCGGCCGCCAUCUUCCCCGCAGACAUCACUGCAGGACGAUCCCUGUCUGGCACGUCUCUCCUGCCAUGUCUGCCACAGAGGAGCACGACUGGAUCCCGGGUGGCCCGGAUAGAGCUGGUGGCGGGGCGGGCCGCGACCCCAGUCUCCUUGGGGUCCAAGCAUCUGCUUCGGAGGGGAUGGAAGGAGUCGAGGAGGCCACGGCUCUUCUGGCCUCCUUGGAGGUCUCCAGAGCCCGUCCCGAGGAGCAGGGUUGGCCUCAGGCCGCAGUGGGAGAGGAGUGUGGUAGAGAGCCGUUAGAGGAGGAGAAGAUGGAGGAAGAUGUAGAGGCGAUGGAGGAGGACGAGGAAGAGGGGGAGAUUGAUUUCGAUGUGGAAGUCGUGGAGGAGGAGGCGCCUCUGUCUGGAGAGGGAGAGGAAGAGGAGGAUGAGAAUGAGCAGGAGGGUGCGGCAGCGGUUACAGGCCUUGGGUUCUCUAUGGAGACGUUUGGGCCCCUGUUCUGGAGUCACGUGGACUCCUUUCUACACAAUAUCCGUAACAACAAACAUCUCCUGUUCCGGCCUCCCACCGACCACCUGAUGGCCGGGGGCUGCUCCCCACCACCCUCGGACCCUGGAGAAGGUCCGGUGCCUCCUCAGGAGCGGGAAGACCUGGGAGAGGGAGACAGAGGCUUGCAGGGCCUAGACUCUGCUGCUGAUUUUCAGUUGGGAUAUUUUCCCUGCCAACUUUUGACCCCAAUGUCUGCGUCAUUCUGCCCUAAUGAUGAGGGUGAGGAUCAGUAUGAAAAGGCUGAUGAAGAGGAAGAGGAUGAAAAUGAAAAACCUGAAGGACUCUAAAUGGAUGUGGUCUCAGCAAAGAGCAGCUCUGGAUAAUACAGUGAGAAGGCAUAAAAAGAAGCAGAUAGAAAAAGAUGAAUUUGUUCUUCAUGGAUAUUCUUGUUUUCAUUAGCCUGAAAUACUAAUUUUGUUUCAAAGUUUCAACCCCCCAAAAUGAUAUUAACUACUGACAUCUGACUUUACUCUUACCUUUUAACAGAUAAUUUGAUAGUAUUGUUCACAUUGGAAAUAAAAGCUUGUUUGGAA